UCCAAUUGGCGGACUUCAAAAUUGUUGCCUCGACGCUCACCGAGCGGCAGUGCUAUUAUCGCUCCAAACCAGCUCGGUGGUAACGUCCUGACAACCGAUUCUUCCCUUUUUGUGUUAAGUUAUUAAGUAAAAUUAUUGUUUGUGUUCAAUUUAGUUAUGGAACCGGAGUCAAAUAAUUUCAGCCUCUUCCUGAACAACAGAUACAUUGAUAUAUGGUUUGAGGAUAUUACCUACACGGUAAACCAUAAAAAAGAAAAGAAGCCAAUCAUAAAAGGAGUAUCAGGGAAGUUUGUAUCUGGAGAAAUGACUGCCAUAAUGGGUCCUUCAGGAGCAGGGAAGACUACUUUAUUGAAUAUUUUGACAGGCCUACAGACGUCAAACAUCACUGGGUCCAUAAAGUGUAAUACAAGCAAUAAAAAUGGUUCCUUGCAGUAUAAAAAAGAAUCCUGUUAUAUUUUGCAAGAAGAUAACCUGCCAAAUCUGUUCACAGUAUUAGAAAUAAUGAAUAUAGCUGCAAGUCUGAAGUUGAGUAACAUUACUGAAAAACGUAAGGAGUUUUUGAUAAACGAUAUACUGCGGCAUAUAGGUCUAAAAAUCUGUAAAAAUACGAAAUGUCAGGAUUUAUCUGGGGGUCAGCGGAAAAGAUUGUCUGUUGCAUUGGAACUCAUCGAUAACCCUCCCAUUAUGUUCUUAGAUGAACCUACAACCGGUUUAGAUAGUUCCUCGACGACGCAGUGCGUUCAGAUGUUGAAGAACCUGACUCGAGAUGGACGAACUAUCAUUUGCACAAUUCACCAACCCAGUGCUAGCAUCUUUGAAAUGUUUGACCAUGUUUAUGUCAUGGCGCAAGGACACUGCGUUUAUCAGGGUUCCACUGAGAAUACUGUUCCUUAUUUGGCUUCCUUGGGAUUCGAUUGUCCCAAAUACCACAAUCCUGCUGAUUAUCUGUUGGAAGUGGUAAAUGGUGAUUAUGGAAACCACACCGAGUUAUUAACAAGUGCAGCAAAAGACCAAAAAUGGAGGAGGACGGUUACGAAAGUUGAUGCAAAUAGAGAGAAGGAAGAAAUCAACGCCAUAUAUCCAGUAGCGAACAAUAACGAAAACAUCUACGAACCGCCUUCUGAACUGACUAGGUUUUGGAUACUUCUUAGUAGAUGUAGAGUUCAACUUUGUCGAGACUGGACCAUCUCACAACUGAAGCUAUUAUUGCACAUCCUAGUCGGGAUAUUCUUAGGGAUCACGUUCCAAAAUUCCGGUAAAGAUGCUGAUAAAGUACACAGCAAUUUAGGUUUCAUGCUUUGCUGUGUAGUGUACCUCUGCUACACUUCUCUCAUGCCAGCUGUUUUAAAAUUUCCCUCUGAACUGGCCAUAUUAAGAAAGGAAAGGUUUAACAACUGGUAUAAAUUGAAGACUUACUUUGCUGCUUUUCUGAUAUCUGAUAUACCCACUCAGGUUGUGUUUGGUUUAGGUUUCACUACUACCUCAUAUUUCAUAAGUUCUCAACCAGUAGAAUGGAGUAGAUAUCUAAUGGUCCUUAGUAUUCAAAUACUUGUGGCAUUGUCAUCGUCCAGUCUAGGCCUACUUUUGGGCACUAUUGUGAACCCAGUGAACGGAACAUUUUGGGGAGCCAUCAUUUUAGCGAUGAUGCUUACUUGUUCUGGAGUUUUAAUUAUGUUCACGCAUAUGUCGAAAGUGAUGUAUUUACUGACAUACCUUUCUUUCUUGAGCUACGCUGUGGAAGGACAUAUGCAAGCCAUUUAUGGCUAUAACAGGAGCCAUUUAGAAUGUCCCGAAUAUUCGCUAUAUUGCCACUAUAGUUCUCCAGAAACGCUACUCACAGAUAUUGGAAUGAAUAAACAGAACUUCUGGAUUGAUUUCGUAUAUUUAUUUUCGGUCUUUGUUGGCUUGAGGUAUAUUACUUUUUUCACGCUAAGAAGAAAGUUGGCGAAAACGUAACAACAUCUAAUUUGUACAGAGUAUUAUUUCUAUGAAGUCUUAAUCUUUAAAGGAAAAGGUUGCCAAUGAAAAUCUUUUUGUAGAAGUAAAUUUUUGUCUAAUUAUUUAUUUAUCAAGAGAACAAAGUAAAUAAAAUUGAUAAAAUUUUAUGUGUUCAGUCCAAGGUACAUAUUAAAGCAUUUUUGAUAUUUUGCUAAAUCCGAAAACUACCAUGACACAAUUUUCUGUUAACUUCAUUCAUACAAAACGAAUUGAAGAUAUGAAUUUCACUCAACUAGCCAAGAUUCAAGCAUACAUACGUUACCUUACUUUUAUUCAAAUUUAAUUGAUUAAUAUCUACUUACAGAGUACCUACAGAACCGACAUAACUAACAGAAAUACGUUUACGUACGUCUAAGAUCAAAUAGCUGCACAUAUGUCUUAUUCCUUCUAUUGCUUUUUCUCUCAAUCUCGCGCAGCUCCGCCUGGCUCAGAAACGAAAACUUAUCUGUGUUGGCCUGUAAAUGAAUAGAUAUUAUGUUGCAUCUUCCUGCAAAAGAAAAGAUUUUCAAUGGUAUGCCUAUAUGAUUAUUAGCAAUUUUUUGUUUUACAUCGUUUCAAGAUUCUGUCAAAGUACACAAAUAAGCUACAAAUUGCCUUUUACGUAUUUUGGCGACAUAGGUCAACACCUAGUUUGCCUAUAGGAUAUCUAGUCUACUUUGUAUAAUAUGUAAUCCCUAUAAAUGCUGGUGAUAAGGAAACAAUUGUAAGUAUUUUUUGAGGAUAGGUAAUAAGGAUAGUUUGGCUGUGACAUUUCUAAUGGAUAGGAAUAUUUAGGAAAAUUUAGGUCAGAAGUUCUUAAUCUUAGAAGUAAGUCUAUGAAACUAAAUCAAUAUUGGAAAAUGCUGUUCAUCUAUCUCGUUUCUCUUUUUUUUUAAGAUUCAGUGGCUAUCUACAGUCAUUUGCACAUGUACCUUUUAUUUAAAAUAAAAAGCUAGUUUUUACAGUUUAUCCGAAAAAUUUAGUUUUUUUAGUUUGAAACUGUCAACCUAGAAAAUGUUAAACAGUAUUUUUCCAAUAUGUAGUUUUACUUUCAUGCUCAAUCCUAAUAUAACUUUAUUUCUUUCAUAUUAAUAAUAUACAGCAGGGAAAACUUGCCAAUGUAGAUUUAUAAUUCUUAGGAAAAGUUAGUUGAGAUAUUAAUUAGUUUUAAUUAAUUUUGAAGGUAUCAGCAACUGUAUUAUCUGAUAAAAUAAAUGAGAGAAGAAUAGUGAAAUUAUUCCAAAAGCUCUCAUUGUUUUAUGUUUUUCAAAUCACUAAUAUAAAGGCAGUGGCGGGUCUUGACGCCCGUACCAGGGCGGAAAAAUUUAGGUACAAAGUAUUCGAAAAAAACAUAUAAUUGAGUAGUUCUAUUUUAAGUACUAUGUAAGGAAAAUGUGCUCAACUUUAUUUUUUAUAGUAAAUGUCCAUGCUUCUGCUUUUGUCCGAAAUACAAUUACUUUUUCAUUAAA